CCGGACAGGAACGGUUCUUUAACCAAAAAGGCUCUUCUUAUGUUGGCAUACUUAAUUUUUCCCCUAUCUAUCCUCUCUAUGACUCGUCUUGAUUCUGUCAGAUCUAAAUUUGGUCUCGUAUUCUCGGCCGUAGCUCAUGUGUUUGCUUCGUUGAUUAUGUCUCUUAGCAUCUGCGCUCUAUUUGGUAUCACAUUAACAUUUGCCUCUGAAACUAUUACCUUUUAUCCUCAUCCUG